UCCACAAGAACGUAAACAUGUGAUAUAACCUUGCUUCUCUCAGUUCUAUUUUUUUAUGUAUAUUUUUGUGUUUUUAUGGUAUUGUUCUUAAUUUUAUUGUGAAAAAUUUAUUUUUGUUAAAUAAAAUGUCUAUUAAAAACGCUGUCCGAAUCGUUAACGUUGAUUAUUACAUGUCAGCCCCCAUUCAGGAUUGGGAUGUCAUGUAUUCCGAUUUUAGAGGUUCCUCAAUAAGUCAGGUCCCAAUAAUUCGCAUUUUUGGUUCUACUGAGACAGGGCAAAAAAUUUGUUUACACAUCCAUGGCGUUUUUCCCUAUUUGUACAUCCCAUACGAUGGCAUUGAAGACUGCAACAGUCUUAAAUAUCAAAUUGCUGCAAACAUUGAUAAAGCCUUAAAUGUAUCAUUUGGUCAAGCCUCAGCUUUGACCCAACACGUCUACAAAAUUACUCCAGUUUCAGGAAUUCCGUUUUAUGGUUACCACACUCGGGAACAUCAAUUUUUUAAGAUUUAUUUGUUUAAUCCUAAUUUAAUCCGCAAAGUUAGUAAUAUGUUACAAAGCGAAGUUAUUCUCGGCCGGUUGUAUCAACCUCACGAAUCACACAUCCCAUACAUUUUGCAAUUCAUGAUUGAUUAUAAUUUGCAUGGAAUGAGUAGGAUUUUGCUUAACGAUCUUAAAGUCAGAGAUAACUCACACGGGAGUGUCCCUAAACAAAGCUACUGCCAACUUGAAGCAGACACUUUGUGCGAAAAUAUCCUCAACAGACUGGAAAUAAUGGAUGGUAAAAUGGGAAUAAAUCCGGGAAUUGCAGCGUUAUGGGAAGACGAGAAACAAAGAUUGAGGGAUAAAGAAGAAGACUCGCAAAUAGGGCCUUGCUUGACUCUUGAAAAUUCACAAGUGGAGCCUACGAAAUCUCACGAAAUUUUCAAAAGGGCCUUUUUUGAGAAACUCUGUUUUUUGAGUGAUUCUAACGAGACAGUUGAUCAGAAUCUUAGCGUUUAUCCAGCUGAAACGCCCCGAAAUAUAAAUGUGCAAAAUGCGUCUUUUGUUGAAAAUCAUUCUUUGUCCGGGUCAAGUCUGAACGACAGUGUGGGUCUAAAUGCAACUUUUGAUGAUGAUGCGAGAGACUUGUUUGAAGUUUUGCAAGAUUUGGGGAGAAGAAAUAAUGAAAGUGAAGAAGCGGAUAGUAUUUUAUCGCAGUUACCGAAGGAAGAAGAAGAGGAAGAAAACGAACUUGAUUUGAGCGUUUCAAUGGCCGAUACUACGCCUUUUAAAAAUAUAUUAGAAAGUGUUAGUGAUGAUGAUCUUAAUGUAACACUAAUUCCUCAAUUGGACGGAUCAGGAGACGAAAAAGAAAGGAAAAAUAAUCCAAAUAGUAAAUAUGGGUGUUUGCCAAUUUUUGUGUCGACACAUAACGGGAGAAGCUCAGAAAUCAAUGACGAAUUGGAGCACGCCAAACGUCGAUUAUAUUUUCAAAAUAAUGUUACAAUAUGUGAAGACAGUGUUGAAUGUGAAUAUAGACCAAAAAUCAAGGAAAAGGAAUGUAUUGUUGAGACUCAAAACUUAACCGUAGCAGAAAUAUACGACUUGCAAACCAAUUACAAGCCAAAAGAAGGCUGUUCGACUGUCCUCACCCAAAAUUCCGACACCGACUUGAAAUUAUCAUCAGAAUCUGAUAUUUUCCCAUCAAAUUCAACUCCAAAAACCGACGCAAAUUAUUUUCUCAUAACUCCAUCAGUCAGACCCCCUACUAGAAGUGAAGUUUUUCAAAAUUUAGAGUCUCUCGGUUUACCUAGAGUUGUCUACGAAACACCAUUUUACAGCGAUGUCUCUGAUGUAACAAGCAGUGUCGAAAUUGGCCACUCUGUCUUAAAAAUUCCGAGCAAAACAACGGCUCAUUUGGAGGAGUUUCAAGGUUUAUGUGCCGGCUUGGAGACCUAUAGAAGGAAGAAAAUGCCGCCCAGCAUAAAAUUCACAAACGAAAAUGUUAAAAAAGUAAAACUCUCAUUCUGUAGUGCCGACCAAAUCCUUAUAACUCCUCUAAACCCGGCUCCGAGUAUUUGUGAUGCUGAAAUUUGGUUGAAAAAUCGUACGGUGACAAAACCGGAAGUCAGGAGUGAGAAAAUCAAAAUCACACUUCCUGUUAGUCCGGACCGGCUCGAGGAAAGUGACAUGGAACUCACUUUGUCACUUUCAGCAGAUGAAUUAAUCGAAUCACAACCCGUCAAAAUCACCAAAAAAGAUAAUUCCUGUCAGAUUACUGGAACCAGUCUCAAUAACACCUAUGGUUUUAAAAUGACUCCUGAGAAUUAUCAAAAUGCUAAAGCCUUGAACGAGUUUCAAUACAUCACUAUCUUGUCACUAGAACUUCACAUACAGACCCGCGGGGACUUGAAACCAGAUCCGGCGUAUGAUUCCAUUAGAGCUAUUUUUUAUAAAAUUGUUGAAGACGGCCCUGGAGGGAAUGUUUGUGGGAUUAUAACCCUCGAUCGACUUAAACUAAGUGAAGUCCGCUGUGAUUUAAUGAAUGUUUCAACUGAAGAAGAACUGUUAAAUGAGUUUGUCAAGUUGGUCCAAAAACAUGAUCCUGAUAUUUUAGUCGGAUAUGAAAUCGAAAUGUUGUCCUGGGGCUACUUACUAGAUCGUGGCCAAGCUCUCGGACACUCCCUCGUCACUUCUUUAUCACGAGUAAAGGAAAAACACAGUCGCAAUGAAGACAAUUUAAGAAUCACUGGUCGAAUUUUAUUGGACGUUUGGCGGUUGUUACGACAUGAAAUAGCCCUUCAGAGUUACACUUUCGAAAAUAUCGUCUAUCACGUACUACACCAGAGGAUUCCCUUAUAUUCUUUCAGGAAUCUGGCAUUUUGGUGGCACAACCCUCUAUUUCGCCACCGAACAAUUUCCCACUAUACAUUCCGAACAAAUAGUGUUUUGCAAAUUUUGGAACAACUAGACUUAGUAGGCCGCACCAGCGAACUUGCUCGACUUUUUGGAAUCCAAUUUUUCGAAGUCUUGUCUCGUGGCUCGCAAUUUCGGGUCGAAUCAAUGAUGUUAAGGUUGGCUAAACCGUUAAAUUACAUUCCUGUGUCUCCAAGUGUGCAACAGAGGGCCAAAAUGAAAGCUCCCGAGUUUCUCCCUUUGAUUCUCGAACCAGAAUCUAAAUUGUACGUUGAUCCGGUCAUAGUGCUCGAUUUUCAAAGUUUGUACCCCUCCAUGAUAAUUGCUUAUAAUUAUUGUUUUUCGACUUGUUUGGGUAAAGUGGUUCAUUUGGGUAAAAAUACGCCGUUCGAGUUUGGGGCCUACCAACUCAAAGUUUCGAAAAGUCGAGUCGAAAAAUUGUUGAAUGAGGAUUGUAUUAAUUUUUCGCCAUGUGGGGUUGCUUUUGUUAAAAAACAAGUGCGGGAUGGGAUUCUCCCUAGGAUGUUGAGAGAGAUACUCGAUACUAGACUCAUGGUGAAAAACUCGAUGAAACGAAAUAAAGACAAUAAGUUAUUACAGAAAGUGCUUCACAAUAGACAAUUAGGUCUGAAAUUGAUUGCGAACGUCACUUAUGGUUACACUUCCGCGAAUUUCAGUGGCCGAAUGCCCGCUGUUGAACUUGGUGAUAGUGUAGUAAGUAAAGGUCGAGAGACGUUACAGAGGGCUAUCGAAUUAGUUGAAAACACAAAAGAAUGGGGUGCUAGAGUCGUUUAUGGUGACACUGAUUCGUUAUUUGUACUAGUACCGGGGAAAAGUCGAGAAGACGCCUUCGAAAUCGGUAAAAAAAUUGCAGACGCUGUUACGAAUUCAAACCCAGAUCCUGUCAAACUAAAAUUGGAGAAAAUUUACCAUCCUUGUAUACUUCAGACUAAGAAACGAUACGUGGGGUAUAUGUACGAAAGUCCAGAUCAAACAGAACCGAUUUAUUUGGCUAAAGGGAUUGAAACUGUGCGACGAGAUGGGUGCCCAGCCGUUUCAAAAAUGUUGGAAAAAUGCUUACGUCUUUUAUUCGAAACGAAAGAUGUCAGUUUGGUCAAAAAGUACGUCUUGCGACAAUUAGAUAAGAUUUUGACAGGUCGUGUGAGUCUGCAGGACUUGACUUUUGCUAAAGAAUACAGAGGUGCAUCUGGAUAUCGCCCUGGCGCUUGUGUUCCGGCUUUAGAACUCGCGAGAAAAUGGACUUCCGUGGAUCGAAGAAGCGAGCCAAGGAGAGGUGAACGCGUCCCUUAUAUCAUCGCACAUGGUCCCCCUGGCGUGCCUCUAAUUCGUUUGGUUCGAAGCCCUCACGAUUUUUUAAACGAUCCGAGUUUACGACCGAAUGCUAUUUACUACAUUACUAAAGUGAUAAUUCCGCCAAUUAACCGUUGUUUUAAUUUAAUCGGAGCUGAUUUAAAUGGGUGGUUUAACCAAAUGCCGCGAAAACAAUUCCAGUAUUUGCGAAACGCUUCACCUAUUAAAAAAAGCACAAUUUCCCAGUAUUUCGUUUCCAAUAAUUGUGCCAGCUGUGGGGAGCAAACCCAGAAUGAUUUGUGCGAAAAAUGUCAGAAUAAUACACAAACUACGACUGUUGUUUUACAUGAGAAAGUGCGAAUUUGGGAACAGAGUUUCUAUAACGUCAAUUUGAUUUGUCAUUCUUGUACGGGUAUUUUCGAUGAAAACGUGUGCAUAUCAUUGGAUUGUCCUCUCUUGUAUAGGAUAAAUCAAACAUCGCGUGACUUGGAGCAAGCCAAAUAUGUACGUAACGUGAUUAAUACUCUGAAAAUCUAGUCAUAUUUAUUUAAAUAAAACAAAUUUUGA